AUGCCCUCUCUCGGAACCAUCAUACAAGCGAGGCCGCGGCCUUUGCUAGCGGCUUUCUUAUUCUUCGCAACAAUGUUACCUGCUGCACAGGCGCGUUGCUUCUUUGAGGACGACGACGACGGCGACCGCCGUUAUCGUUGCGAUGGUCUGUCUACUGGUGCUCGCGUAGGCAUUGGUAUCGGCGUUGCCGUGUUUGUCAUCAUCCUCAUCACUCUUUCCUUCGGGAUGGUUCGGCGCCGAAGGUCAGCAAUACACGCGGCUGAAGCACCUCCCUUCGUCCCCAUCCCGACGAAUCCUCCGCCGCCACCAGGUCCGGCUCCCGCACCGGCUUUCUUCGCCCCUCCUCCCGGUCCACCACCUCAGGGUGGACUUGUACCCCCGGCCGGCUUCGCAUCUCAAGCUCCGUUCAGCGACGGUUCGGCUCAAUUUGCACCUCCGCCGGGUCCGCCGCCAGGUCAACAGCCCUUCGCUUCUGGCUCAAGCUCGAGCGAGGCGCCGCCUCUGUACAUGUUAACUCCCGGUGGACCACCAAUCGCGGACAAGUCUACCAGGCCUGCUCAGCCUGUUUAG